AUGGAGCUAGCGUUGCGGCUCUAUGAUGCCAUACACACCCUGCAAUGUCCGUUGAAGGUCAUUAGCAUCAUCCCUGGGGAACAGCAAUUCUCAGUGGUGACUGAUGAUGAUCAGCGUACUCUCGAAAUUGGGGUGCUGAUGGAUACCUACCUCGCGCUCUUCAAACAAUGCCAUGACUUACAGCACGCGGAGCUUGAGCUUUGGGACGAGUACAUUUUGACGGUAGGGUACCUUUUCACUACCAAUGAGAACCACACGAUGAUCUUACGCCAUUGGGAGGCCGUGCAACGGCUUGUGGCCGAGCGCGGGCCGCAAUUCCUCGAUACUGAGCUCGAUGUGGUGUCGACCCUUAUCGCCAGCCGCCUCUCUCGAAUCAAUAAAAGCUCAAGCUUAUGGCUUCUUAUACGCAAGCUUGUGGCCCAGAAAGGCUUACCCUUAACGGAGAGUCUGAUGGCUCGAGUAAUGGCGUCGUUACGCCAUCACUUUGCCAACUACUACGCCGCCAACUUCGUGCGCUGGUAUGUGGCAGUAUUGUUGGAUCAAGGACAAGAUAUCACUUCGAUAUUGGAGGCGGUGGUGGCGGAGUGUCGUGCUAAUCUUCGUGACGUUAGUCUUUGGUCGCUUCUAGGGUUUAUUCUUGCCCCUGAAGUUGAAGGCUACGUUAGCGAAUAUGAGAGAUUUGGUGGUUCGAAAAGGGGAUUGUUUAAUACUAAAAGACACCAGAUGGAGAUGCAGCAGGUGGCGGUGGACCAGAUCCAGUGGCUCUUGCUGGUGAAGUGUCCCUAUGAAAACCCGUUUGUGGUGCUCCGCCAAGUGGUGGGCGAGCGGGUGUUUGACCAGGUGGUACCAGACCCUGUGAUCAACGUCACCCAAAGUGCGUUUAUAUAA